AUGAGGCGGCAACAGGGUGAUCAUGCCGACUCCGAGGUGGGUCAAGGACCGGCAUAUUAGUCGCGGUCCUCAGAACUUCCUGUGCUGCAGUUCCGAAUAAGCGAGUACGCGCCACUGAACAUGGUGGGAGUGGAGCAGCCACAGAACCCCGAGCAGCGCCGAGAAGGCGUGGCCGAAUGCGAAGAUGGCGGGGCUCCGGUGGGAGGUGGCGACGUGAGCACCCAACAGCCCGAAGACCUCCUCCAGAACCCUCCAGAAGAUUCCUCUCGGGAUCCCCCAGAGGUUGAUAGCACCUGUCAGUGCCAGGCGUGCGGGCCUCAGCAAGGAGCUGGUCCAGAUCUUGGUUCCUCCAAUGACGGCUGCCCUCAGCUGUUCCAGGAGCGGUUGGUCAUAGUGGAGAACUCCUCGGGAUGCACCAGUACUUCUGAGCUCCUUAAACCCAUGAAGAAGAGGAAGCGCAGGGAAUACCAGAGCCCAUCAGAGGAGGAGUCGGAGCCGGAGGCCAUGGAGAAACAGGAAGAAGGAAAGGAUCCAGAGGGACAACCCACUGCUAGCACCCCGGAGAGUGAAGAGUGGAACAGCAGCCAGCCUGCAUCAGGUGAGAAGAAGGAAGGCUGGUCGUGGGAGUCCUACCUGGAGGAGCAGAAGGCCAUCACUGCCCCGGUCAGCCUCUUCCAGGACUCCCAAGCAGUCACUCAUAACAAGAAUGGCUUCAAAGUGGGCAUGAAGUUGGAAGGCAUUGACCCUCAACACCCGUCCAUGUACUUCAUCCUCACUGUGGCUGAGGUGUGUGGCUACCGCCUACGUCUUCACUUUGAUGGGUAUGCCGAGUGCCAUGACUUCUGGGUCAAUGCUAACUCCCCUGACAUUCACCCCGCUGGCUGGUACGAGAAGACUGGACACAAGCUGCAGCCUCCCAAAGGUUACAAGGAGGAGGAGUUCAGCUGGAGCCAGUACCUGCGCAGCACGAGAGCUCAGGCUGCGCCCAAGCACCUGUUUGUGAGCCAGAGCCACAGUCCCCCACCCCUGGGCUUCCAGGUGGGCAUGAAGCUGGAGGCUGUCGACCGCAUGAACCCAUCCCUAGUCUGCGUGGCCAGUGUGACCGACGUGGUGGACAGCCGCUUCCUGGUGCACUUUGACAACUGGGAUGAUACUUAUGACUACUGGUGUGAUCCCAGCAGCCCCUACAUCCACCCAGUGGGCUGGUGCCAGAAGCAAGGAAAGCCUCUCACCCCUCCACAAGAUUACCCAGACUCUGAUAGCUUUUGUUGGGAGAAAUAUCUGGAAGAAACUGGGGCCUCUGCUGUGCCAGCGUGGGCCUUCAAGGUGAGACCCCCUCACAGCUUCCUGGUCAACAUGAAGCUGGAGGCUGUGGACCGCAGGAACCCAGCCCUGAUUCGUGUGGCCAGCGUGGAGGAUGUGGAGGACCAUCGGAUAAAGCUCCACUUUGAUGGCUGGAGUCAUGGCUAUGAUUUCUGGAUCGACGCCGACCACCCAGACAUCCAUCCUGCAGGCUGGUGCUCCAGGACGGGACAUGCCCUGCAGCCUCCUCUCCGACCCAGAGAGGCCAGCUCUGCCUCCCCUGGGGGCUGUCCCCCUCUAAGCUAUAGGAGCCUGGCUCACACCAGGACCUCCAAAUACAGCUUUCACCACCGGAAGUGCCCCACUCCUGGUUGUGACGGCUCUGGCCACGUCACAGGCAAGUUCACAGCGCACCAUUGCCUCUCAGGCUGCCCACUGGCUGAGAGGAACCAGAGCCGGCUGAAAGCUGAGCUGUCCGACACAGAGGCCUCAGCCCGCAAGAAGAACCUCUCGGGCCUCUCCCCGAGGAAGAAGCCACGCCAUCACGGCCGGAUUGGACGCCCUCCAAAGUAUCGGAAGAGUCCACAGGAAGAUUUCCAGACCCUCACUCCCAACGCCGUGCACCAGUCCCUCUUCAUGUCCGCCCUGUCAGCCCACCCUGACCGCUCGCUCUCAUUGUGCUGGGAGCAGCACUGCAAGCUCCUGCCAGGAGUGGCUGGCAUCUCGGCCUCGAUGGUUGCCAAGUGGACUAUCGAUGAGGUCUUCGGCUUCGUUCAGACCCUGACAGGUUGUGAGGACCAAGCACGCCUCUUCAAAGACGAGAUGAUUGACGGCGAGGCCUUCCUUUUGCUGACACAGGCGGACAUUGUGAAGAUCAUGAGCGUCAAGCUGGGCCCAGCCUUGAAGAUCUAUAACGCCAUUCUCAUGUUCAAAAACGCCGACGACACCUUAAAGUGACUGGCCCAGGGCUGGG